GCCGCCGUGAGGGCGGCGGGCGUGGGGCUGCUUGGACGGCGGGCCGUGGGGUCGGCGCUCCGCCCGCCCCGAGCCGCCCCGCCCUGCCUCGUCGUGCCGGUGAGGACGAAGCGGAGGCUGUUCGUGCCCGAGUGGGCCAGGGAGCCGUCCGCGGAGGAGAAGGAGCGCAGGCUGCGCGCCGCCGGCACGGCGUGGCCCGAGGACCGCGUGGAGCGAGCCUUCUUCUUGGCCUGCACAGCUGAUAUUAUAGACCCUUACGUCCCUCCUGAGGGUGAUGCCCGCGUGUCCUCCCUGUCCAAAGACGGGCUGAAGCAAAGGGUGGAGAAGCUGAAGCAGACCGCUGCCUCCCAGCUAGCUCUGCGGAAGGUAAAGGAUCACGAUCCAGACUUCAGCACGAAAACCUUCCCAGAGAAGGCGCAGGAGAUAUUCAUUGAAGCUCACAACUGCCUGGCAAAUUUUAACAAGCAGAAACUUCACUCCCUGGUGACUGAGCGCUGCUAUCCGGACAUGGUCCGUGGCAACAGGUACAAGACCAUCCGCUGGAGUUUUGUGGAGUCCCUGGAGCCCCCGAGGGUGGUGCACGUUCGGUGCAACAGCAUUGUGAAUCCAAGUAACCUGUACGGCCAGGUGACGGUGCGGAUGCACACGCGGCAGACUCUGGCUAUCUAUGACCGGUUUGGUCGGCUGAUGUACGGUGGGGAGCAGGUGCCCAAGGAUGUUUUGGAGUAUGUUGUAUUUGAGAGGUAUUUGGUCAACCCCUACGGCACCUGGAGGAUGCAUGGCAAGAUUGUUCCGGCGUGGGCUCCACCAAAGGACCCCAUCAUUAAGACGGUGAUGAUUCCCGGCCCAACCUUGGAUCCCUCACAAGAGGUUAAAGAAAAUAAAUGAGAAACUUCAGAGCCUGUACAGAGGCAGCAGCACAAACAGCCCUGAAGGAACAAAAUGGAGAAUGGCUGGAGGUGGCUGGCUGGGUGUAGCUGUGCUUCUCAACCAAGCAGCCUCAGAAAUGGACUCUGGUCACUAAGAAACUGCCUUGAAAGGAGCGAAAGAGGCGUGGGAGAGGAUUCAGAUGAGCUCUAAGAGCUCUACUCUGUCCAAAUAGUCUACGUGCUGUGUCUUAACCCUCUCUGUGUUUCUGUGCAGAUCAGAAGUCUGCCAUCUUCAGGGCAGUUCCCUGGGCUAACCUCUGUGCUGAGCUUGUGUGGCGGGAGCCGUUGGUAACUCCAGUCUGCCCAGACAUGGGCUAUGUGGUCGACCUGGUGGGCUUUCAUUAAAACUUACAGCAGUAA